GCAGCUGUCAAGGCGCAGCUCGCCCUGCCGCGGCCGGGCGGGGAGGAGGGUCGGCAGCCCCGCGCCGCGGCAGUGCCCGCCCUUGCCCAGCCGCCCGCCGAGCCCCGCAGCGCCAGGACGGGCGAGAGGCCUGCGGAGCAGCGGCUGCCUCCGGAGCCAGCAGCCCAGGCGGGCGCCAUGCUAAAAACCAAAAUGGCUGCCCCAGGGAAAGGAGCCCAGCUCAGGCCGUGAGGGGCUGCGGCCCCGCCGGCCGGCGACGCCGCUUCUCCCGCCGGACCUCGCCCAGAAAUACUCUUUUUGAUGCCUACACUCCAUAUUCAAAUCUACUGCUGAGAUCAACAACAAAGAAAUGAUAAAAUUUUUUCUUAUGGUAAACAAACAAGGUCAAACAAGACUCUCCAGGUAUUACGAGCACGUAGAAAUUAAUAAACGGACAAUGCUGGAAGCUGAGGUAAUCAAAAAUUGUCUCUCCCGUUCGAAGGAUCAGUGCUCGUUCAUUGAGUAUAAGGACUUUAAGCUGGUAUACCGACAGUACGCAGCCCUUUUCGUAGUCGUUGGAAUCAAUGAGACAGAGAAUGAGAUGGCAGUAUAUGAACUAAUUCAUAACUUUGUGGAAGUUUUGGACAAAUACUUCAGCAGAGUGAGUGAAUUAGAUAUCAUGUUCAAUUUGGACAGAGUGCACAUCAUUUUGGAUGAAAUGGUGCUAAAUGGCUGCGUUGUGGAAACAAACAGGAACAGAAUUCUUGCCCCCUUGUUUGUGCUUGACAAAGUGCCAGAAAGCUAGGAAGACGCAAGACUGACUAAAGCAUUUUAUGAAGGAUGAUGAAACUACCAAGAGCCUACCGACGGCAGUUUUCUGAUGUUGUAAGACCAACUCAUGCCAUACUCAGAUUAGUUGGAAAAUACUUCCUGUUUCUCCUAUAUCCUACAUACCUAAUGGAAACAUACAGCUAAACAUAAAGUUCAGCUUCCAUUUCAAAGAACCUGCAAUUUCAGAUGCAGCUUUACUGACCCAGGAGAAAUCUGCUUAGAACAGUCAAUAUUUUUUAAAACUGGCUGAGGAUACAGUAAGGGAAACUUACACGUGGCCAUCUAGGUAUCACUUUGAAUUACGUAGCAUUAUGCCAAACCUAAGAGAAGACAGAAAAUAUAGAAACAUAAAUUCAAACUGAGUUUCAGUGCUUCCUUUAAGCACCAACUAGAAUUUUUUGUUUUCAUACACAUGUACUGUAAAUUCAAGUUCUGUAACUUCUACGACCACUUAAACUAGAUUCAUCCUUCAUCAUAAAGCUGGUAUCACGCCCUUUUCCAUGUAAGUCAUGGUUACAAAAGAAAUUUAAAUAACACAAGUACACAUGUAUUUAGUAUUCCUGCAUGCUGUGCAAGUUGUAACUAGAAGUAUUUGGCACUUGUAUAUUGUAACAUUAAUAAAAGAUCUGGCUUCAUAACGGCAACAAUAAAACAUGUUGGCUUCGUAAAUUACACAAAA